CGCAUCUCAAACAUGGCGGCGCCCUGAGGUGGUCGCUGUUCGCACGGAGAUUCCGCUCAAGGUCUUCCAAUGGUGGAAGAUGAAGGCCUGACCAUCUUUGUGACCUCUGUGGGAAUAGCUCUGUUUGCACUUAUUCUCUUAUAUCACUGGGUGAGUGUGUCUGACACUCAGUGCCUCGAAGAAAACAUAUAUGAUGCAAGGCCGAAGCGCACUUUUCACAAUCAGGGCAGAAGACGCGUGUUCUCACGGGCGUCUCGGCCUCGCUGCGGCGUUCUGGAGUAGUGUGGCCGCGAAGGGGGUGAAACACCAGCAGUUUGUUGUUCCCAGCUCAUCCUCUCCCCUUUCACAUUGAUUUUACAUUGACCUGCUGUUUGCUUGCGACAGAAUGGGUUUGCAGAAAACGGUGGUGAAGGUGCUAAACCUGGGACUGCUGCCCUAUGCGAAGGCUUUGAAAGUCCAGCAACAUUACGUGAGGCAACAUGUGGAGAGUCCAUCUGUGCUGAGGAACACCGUGUUGCUGUGUGAGCACCAGCCCGUCUACACCAUCGGCAUACGGCAAACGGCCUAUCCUGCCGAGGAGGAGGAGAGACUGAAGGCCCUUGGUGCCGAGUUCUUCCGUACCAACCGCGGGGGGCUCAUCACGUUCCAUGGACCCGGCCAGUUGGUCUGCUAUCCCAUCCUCCACCUGGGAUACUUUAGGAAGAGUGUCCGCUGGUACGUUUCGGAGCUGGAGAGGACCGUCAUCGGCAUGUGCGCCAGAUUCGGAAUCAAAGCCACCACGUCCCCAGACACAGGGGUGUGGGUUGGAGAGAAUAAAAUUUGUGCCAUAGGGAUCCACUGUGGGCGCUACGUCACUUCGCAUGGCUUGGCGCUGAACUGCAACACAGAGGUGCAGUGGUUCAACAACAUAGUGCCUUGCGGGAUCGUGGGCAAAGGAGUCACCUCUCUGAGUCGAGAACUGGGGAGAGACGUAACUGUCCUGGAAGCCACACCAGCUCUGCUACAAGCUUUUUCUGAAAACUUUCAUUGUGAGCUGUCAUUCGAAGAGGUAGAUGUAUGCAAAAUGAGUAUAUUUAAUUAAAAGGUGAAUAAGAGUAAUGGGUCAGAAGGAACGUAGUACUCAAUUAAAAGAGCAAAGGCCAACUUGUGUCAACAAUUUUAAAAAUCUGUCCGCGUAUAACAUACACAGGCAUCUUGCUGUUUUAACGUGAUUUGAGUUUUGCAAAUUCAAGACCCUGGUUAUUGCCUACAAGAGCAUCAGUAAAACUGCUCUCAGAUAUCUGUAAGACUUGAUCAUUCGCUACACCCCAACCAGACUGCUACGCUCUUCCACAACUGCCCGCU